GUCGGCUCGGAGCUCAGUUCACGAUCGUGGUUGUGACAGGUGCUUCCUCAGCCUGGGAUGCCCAAGAUAGCAGACUGGCACCAGAAAAAUGGGAAUGGAAUGGAGAAUACGUAGGUACGUACUUGAAAUAGAGUAUAAUAGACGAGUCGGGGAGGGCAGUGGGAGGACGCGCAAGGUAAGGGCCAAUCAUCCGCUGGUGAGCCCGUCUGCUUUCGAUCACUUCCGUGCCAAGGUCAGCCUCAAAGCAUUCAUUUACCCUUUCUUAAUCCCAGAUUCGCUCGAUUCGUUCCUGUUCCCUUCGAUUUUGGUCCUGUUUCUGGCGAGCCCGUCAUACGAGGGGCUCGAAAACUCGCCAUAAUUGACGCAAAGGACAUAAACGUCGAGAGCGCGCGCGUUGCCCUCAAUUUAAUCCGAUUUUCCCGCAAUUUUCCAACAAUUUUGGCUAUUCUGGG